CAACCUUAAAAAUGUCUGAACUUAAUAAAGACGUGAUUUUUCUAAUAUUGAAAAAUUUGCAAAAUGAUAGUAAAUCUUUUUAUUCAUGUCUUUUAAUAAACAGAAUUUGGUGUGAAACCGUGGUACCGAUUUUAUGGAAGAAUCCUAGUCGACAUCAGUUAACCGAAAAUGCAUGUAAAAUUUUACUUAGUGUAAUACUUUCACAUUUAUCAGGAGAGUCAAAGGAUAAUAUGAUGAAUCAAGGAAUUGAUAUUUUUACUGAAACAUAUCAACGACCUUUAUUUAAUUAUAUUAGUUUUUGGAAACAUUUAGAUUCAAAAUUUUUAGAAUUCAUAAUGAACGUAUUUGUGAAAGAUAAAAAUAUUGAAUUAUCAAAAAUUUCUAUUAUAAGAGACGAAAUAUUGAAUCUAUUUAAUUUAAAUACAACAUUUAAUUCACUUUCUAUUAAAUCUAUACCAAAAUUAUCUUAUCUUAUUUCAGGAACUGAACUUUACUUUUCAAAACUUGAUCAUUUUUAUUGUGAUAGUAAUACUAAUAGCAACUUUUUAGGAGGUUUGGCCUUAACAAAUACAUCAAUUAAAAAAUUGGGUUUUAAUAUUAUGGUACAUACCAAUAAUUAUCUUGGAAUCAUUAAAUUAAUUAAAGUUCAAAAAAACCUGAAAGAAGUCAAUUUCAUCUAUAAUCAUUUACGUAUUAGUAAUGAAUUAUGUCAUAAAUCACUUGAAGAAUCAUUAAUUAAUUGUGAAAAUACUAUCCAAUAUUUGAGAAUAGAUUGGAAACCUAUCACAAAUUUUCUUUCAAAUCUCAUUAAUUUAGUAAGUUUAUAUAUAAUAAAUUCAUGUUAUGAUUAUACAAAUUGGAAUCAUUUGGAAAAAGUUUCUUUACCACUUUUAAAAUUUUUAAAAACUCAUCAAAUUUCAUCUUGGAUUUUGGCAUGUUUAAUUAAAAAUACAAAAGGAAAUCUCAUUGAAAUCAAUAUUCAUUAUCAAGAUGUUGAUGAUGGAAGACUUUUAAAGGCAAUUUCCCAAAAUUGUCCGAAACUUUGUUACCUUAAAUUAUCUUCAUUUAAUAGUAAUACUUUAGAUUUUGAAAAUUUAUUAAUUAAUUGUCAAUCUUUAAUUGGUUUACAAAUUAUUGGUAUAUAUGGUUGUUUUAUUGAUUGGGAUAAAUUAUUCGAAACUUUGGCAAAAUUUUCACCAUUUAGUUUGUUUAAGUUUAAAUUUAAAUUUUCUUUUAGUUGGCAAUAUAAAUUGAAAGCUUUAAAAUUAUUUCUCAAUAAUUGGAAUGAUAGAAAUCCUAUUUUAUUGCAAAUAAUUUCAACUGAACAUACAUACAUUGAACGACAACAACAACAGCAAUUAGAAGAUCUUUUUCAAAUAUAUAAAGAAAAAGGUAUAAUUAAAAAAUAUGACCUUGAAAAUCCUAAUAAUAUCAGUUAUGAUGAUUUUGAAUGGAUUCAAAAAAAAGGUUCUGACACUAUUUUAUAAUAAUUAAAGGAUGGCUAAUUUAAUUCUUGUAUUUGUAACCACGACGUUAAGCGAUAACAUGAAUAAAGUUCUAUAAUUAUUUUAAUGCGUUAAAAUAAAAUUUUUAAAAUUUUUAGUAUGUAUAUUUGUCAUUUUAAAUAUA